ACGAAACAUUUUAUGAACGAGUUAAUAAAAAAUUCAUGGCUGCUCCUCCGAAACCAUGGGAAAGAGCAGGGAUAAACUAUCAGAAUUCUGGGAGUUUGCCUGUAAAUGAAAUGUCAGGAAUACCUGUAGGAACUACAGAUGGUGUGCCCCCAUGUUGUGCCCCAAAUGCUUCCGCUGGUGCAGGGGGAAGAGCUCCUCCUCCCUUACCCUCACGUCCAGCACAGAGCACCAUGGGUAGCCGUUUCUCCUCACCUUAUGGUGGAUAUAGUGGUCUCUCUCCCUACAGUAGCUUUGGCAUGAGUGGAUAUGGAGGAUACAGUCCAUACAGUAGCUAUGGAUCAUCAUAUGGUUAUGGAUAUGGUGGUAUAGGCGGAUACAAUAGAAUGGGCUAUGGUGAUGAUUAUGGACAAAAUAGCUUAGCAAGACUGGCGGAGGAAAGUUCCAGGCCUGCCUUCCAGUCCAUUGAGAGUAUUGUCAAUGCCUUCACCUCUGUUAGUAUGAUGCUGGAUUCCACCUUUCAGGCCAUGUACAACUCAUUCCGAGCUGUUGUGGGGGUAGCUGACAAUUUCACUCGUCUGAAGUCUCAGAUCGGUCAAGUACUGUCAGCUUUUGCUGUAUUUCGGUUCUUGAAGUAUUUAUAUCGUAAGUUGUUGGUGCUCCUAAGAUUGCGACCUCAAGGAUAUGCAGAGGAAGCUUGGGCUAAGGCUUCUGAUGUGUUGAGUCAGCUUCCAGAGGAAGGAGGAGCUCCCAAAAAGAGCACCUGGCCCAUCAUGCUGUUCUUUGGAGUCAUUAUGGGAGGGCCGUGGCUCAUUUGGAGGAUGAUAUCCAGCUUAAGUGGACCUUCUGUAAAAGCCUGGGCUUCUGGUGAAGAUGACCACUUUGUGGCCAGAGCAGAGUUUGACUUCAAUGGAAGUGGUGAGGAGGAACUUUCAUUUACAGCAGGGCAGCUCAUCAAAGUAGCCCCUAAAGAAAUUCAACCAAGAAUGAGAGGUUGGCUCUUGGCAUCAGUAGAUGGACAGAAAGUGGGAAUCAUUCCUGCAAAUUAUGUCAAAGUUUUGGGGAAAAAGAGGGGCACAAAAAAUCAAACACAGUCUGUCCCAUCAAAUCGAACUGUUCCCCCGCCCACAGCAGUGACCAGUGCCUCCACCCCAGAUCUGUUGUCAGGAACAAGCACCUGUUGUAAAAAGUCAUGUGAUCAGUCAGCGAAUUUAGAAAAAGUACAGAUAAAACCAGCGGCAAGUGCUCCAUGUAUGGAUAGUGUUAAUUCUUUAGAAAUGGAAAACAAUACUUCAUUUGCUAAUUUAGAGGAUGCUUUUUCAAAUGAUUCAAAUUCAGAAAGCAAAUCCAACAGUGAACCAGAGAAUAUGAAUGCCAAGGAUAUUUUGGAGGCCACUGACAAUAACGUAAUAAGUUAAACUUGAUGUGUUACAUAUUGAUUUUUAUUUCCAGACCUUAAAAAUAGAGAUGUAUUAAAUUGGUGAUAAUUUUACAUUUGUUUUUAUUUUAAUUUAUGCUGCAGAUAAUUAUGUACAAUGUACAUUGUAUUUAUGAGAAUGGCUUAAAUUAUAAUUGAUAACAUAAAUGCAGAAUGUAUUUGUUUAUACUUAUACGUUAAUCAGCAAUGUUAUUAAAUAGAUGAUGUAUAUAAAUAAACAAUCUAAUUAAAAUUCGACGUUCUGAAUCUCUACCACUUCUCAAACAUCUAAUAACAUCCCAUACAGGGUCAGCACAACUUUUCAGUUUUAAAUAAACAUGAAAAUUUUGAUCAAUCAGAUUCAAACUUCAGUGUACAUGUCCUACUCUAAAAAUAGAUCCACAGUGACAUCUAUACAUUUCUGAUGCUCAGUAGUGUGUCUUGCUGAUUGUGGUAUAAAUUGAAAUGUAUAGCCCAUCUAUUCACCAUUCUUUCUUGAAUAAUACAAACAAAAAUGCAUAAACUAUACAAGAUAUCCUGCACAUGACAUUUAGUUUUGUUUACUAUGAAACUCCUCAGGCUUUUAGAUUUGGCUGUGAAAAAGAAACACAUCUAAACUAUAAGCCAAGAUUGGGGCAGCAGUGAUUUUCAUUGGCUAAUUGAAGGUCACUCUAACAUGACCCUGAAUGUAAUGUUAUUAGAUGCUGGAGAAGUGGUAGCAGAUUCGGAUCACCUAAUUUUAAUUAGAUUGACAAAUAAAACAAAUACAGUCAAACUUGAUGAUCUCAAACUCGAUGAACUGAGAAAAAAACGGAGAUAUCCGAGGAUUAGUGAUAUCCAGGGUAAAAUACUUAAAGAAUACUGAAUAAGGGUUGGGACUUCCAGAUCACUUCGGUAUAUCCAUUUUAUUGGAGAUGCUGAAGUUUAACUGUAUUGGAAAAUGACAAACAUCCCUUGUUGUCUUUAGUAAUUAAGUUACAGUGUAAUAAUUCCAUACAAUUGACAUCCAUCCAAUUUAUGAAGUCAUUACGUGUAAUUCUGAUUUCUUGUUGAGUUAUACAUUGUAUGUUCAAUAAACAAGGAAAGUUGUGUUGCCUAUUUAAA